GGGCGGGGGGAGGGGGGGCGGGGGGGUUCCUCUGACAACCCUCGCGCCUGCAGUACCUUUUCCUGCAGCACCUGCGGGAAGAGGCGGGAGGAGGGCUUGGAAGAGCUGGGGCCGGGCCUUCCCGGGUGGGAGGGAAACAGACAAACGUGGACGCUGCUGCCACCUAGUGAUACAAGCCUGUUAUUUCUCUUGGCUGCCAACCCCAGGGUCUUCCUCAAUGGACCCCUAAGAGAUCCCUAGGCCCUUGAAUUUGGUGACACAAGGCAAAGGGGAGCGUCCGAGAGAAAGAUGCACACCCCUGGGAAGUGUGCAUUGCCUACAUUGCUUUCUUUGCUCCUCUUUGUCCCUUUUCUGUAUAAUGCAGGCAGGCUUGCUGUGAUGGGUAAAUAAGUCGUCUGUGUUAAGCGGUGGAUCCAGGGGUAACUGGAGGUGUUUAUCCCUGCCCCCCCUCCAGGAAGAACUGCCUGCCACACACAAAUGCACCUCUUCUUCGUCCAGCUUCCAGUACUUUCUCCCCUCAACCCGGAGUUCCUGAUCAGAAUGGCUCCAGGCUGUGACAUCACAGAGCCCCCACCCCUGUCACAGGAGGAGAGGAGUCAUGAGGCUGUGGCUGUGGGCUUGGGUGUGGGUGUGGCUGCUGGGGCUGGGGGCCAUAGAAACAGCACCCAGCCCACAGAGGGCCAACACCUUGACCCGGGGAGCAGAGUCUGUGCUCUUCCUGGACAGACCUGACUUCUUUGAUUACCCGGACUCAGACCAAGCCAGGCUCCUGGCCGUGGCCCGGUUUAUUGGAGAGAAACCCGUCAUCUUUGUUAACUCAGGUAUGAACCAGCUUGAGACGGCCUCCUUCCUUGCCGGGGUCUGGAGAAGAGCUGCCCUUGGCCCUCCAAUUGGAGGUGAGAUCGCUCACCCUUAUAUCACAGAUGAGGAAACUGAGGCUCAGAGACAUGCAGCCACAGGUCCCAAGCACCACGGCUGGGCAUGUCCAGCCCAGGCCAGGCUGACCCCACACCCUCACGCUGUUUCGGGCCGGUCUGGUGCUCAGGAAACCCUCUGUGGAGACUCUCCCGAACCUGUCCUGCUAUUGAGACCCGGCCACAGGGCUUCCCCGGUUCCUGCUGGCAUGAGCAGGACAAGAGACCCUGGCUUUCUACACCCCGACUCACCACCGACAGCGGGAAGCAUACGAGCACCAUGACGGCGUGGUGGAGCACCAUGAGGAACUCCUUGUGCAGGUAGCCGCGUGCCACGGCCCAGGUGCUGCCUGGGGCUCUGGCCCCCCCUUCGUCCCCUCCGUGCCCCUUGACCUGGUGCUUGUGCCAGUGACAGAGGAACAUGGCGUAGAUGUCAUAGAUGAAGUAGGGCACUGCAAAUUGCGUGUAGGCAGAGGAAAGCCAGUGUCUGUUGGGCAGAGAGAGAGAGAGAGAGAGAUCAAAGAGGAAAGGAGAGGGACAGAGCAGCCACCAGGUGCCACAGUCAGCACUGGACGUGCCACAUGAGUCAGAUCUCAAGUGAUAUUCACAACAACCCUGAGGCGAGAGUGGACUCUCGAGUUACAUGACGGAACCCAAGGGUAGAGGGCAAGAAACUGGCCCAAGGUCACACCGUCACACCGCUGGUAGGUAGUAGUGCUGGAAUUCAAACCCAGACUGUCUGAUCUCAGAGUCCACCCAUUUUUCAUAUUCAUUCAUUCAUUCAUUCAUUCAUUCAUUCAUUCUUCUCUCUUUCUGCAAUAUGGUAGGCAAGAAAAGGGAAAAGAUACCCAAAGACAGCCACAGACCAUAGGGCAGUGUGAGAGUGAGAAAGCAAGUUCCGGCAAGAUAUGAGAGACAGCUGAGGUUAGGACAAAUAACAGCAGAAGAGGCAAGAGCAGUGGAGAGGGAUCAUAGUGGCCGACAUCCAUUGACUGCUUAUUACAAGCAGGCGCUGUCCUAAUAGCUAAAACCUUUCACAUACAUAAACUUAUUCCCUCCCCACAAAAAACUUCAUACAAAGUAGGUAUUGUUAUCACCCCCAUCUCACAGACGAGGAAACUGAGAGAUUAGGUAACUUGGCCAAGGAAUAACCAUGAGAGAAGUCUGGUUUCACAGCCUUCGCCUAGAGCCCCACUGUCUCUAGAAGAUUCGAGACAGGUGUCACAGACGGGCCUUUGCCAGGGAUUUGGUGGUGCUUUCAGUGCUGGUUGUUCCACCUGAACGUGGUCCAACCUCUUGUU